AUGAGCAUAUAAGAAUUUAUUGCCAAUAAAAAAAUGUUGGAUGUAGAAUGGAGAUUUUCAAGUUUAUAAUUAAUAUUAUUUCAGUUGCUACUGCUAAUAGUUCUAAAGAAAACUAUAGUGAUUGCUUUUUAUAACUUAAGAUCAAAACAAUUGAUAAAAAUAUGAUUGAAGAAACUACUCAUUUUGAAUUAACAUUAGCAUAAUUUAAUGAAUUGUUUACUGAAAUUGAGAAGGUGAAGAAUCUAAUGAAUUUAAUUAAAUGA